CUGGAAAUCCUGGAAAUCCUGGAAUCCUAAAUCCUGGAAUUACUCGCCUCCGAAUUCCUCGACUGCCGCGAAUCCUGAACUUCUUGAACCCUUGGAAUUGAAUCCGCAACUGCCGCCUUUUCUCUCCACUGUCUUGUCGCAAAUCCCCCCCCUCCUAUCCCGUCCGGGUCAAGAGGCAUCGCAGAUUGGCGCGACGAUCGCUGCUCACUGCGAACUUGAUCCAUCUCCACCUCCAUCAUACCACGUCUCGUUUCUUGGGGUCCCUGUUCGCUUACGCCUGACCUACGUGACUACGUCGUGACUGCCCAUUGCCCUUCUCUGAAGCCGCCGCCCGGGCAAGAAGAGUCCAUUCGUCGUUGCUCGACACUCCCUGGCCUCAUUAGUCCCUCGCACCUGCGACACCCUCAACAUUGUCAGUUGCUUUGGAGAACCUCUUGGAAUCAUGUCUCUCUCCCAGUCAAUAAAGAAUCUAAUCCGACACGGAAAGCAAGGGCGAACGUCGCAUCCGCAAGACGACCCGACCACACAAGUAUCGCCGGUCAAUGUACAUCAACAAGCCUCACAAAACCACCGUGCUGUACCCCCGCAGCACCACUACGCCACCUCAGAUCCCAGCGGGAACACUCAUCAACAACCUCAAGGACAGAUGGCUGAUGCGCAGGCCGGAAACGCGGCGGCGCAGGCCGCAGGGACUCGUCAACAAGCCGCCACGAAGAAGAAGGUGGAUGCUGAAGAUCUUGCGAGAAUUGUAGCGGAGGAGAACGAGAGCAAAGGGAAGCUGCCAAAAUACCCCGGCCUUGAGCGAUGGCAACUGCUAGAGAAGAUGGGCGACGGCGCCUUCAGCAACGUCUACCGAGCGCGGGACCUGGAUGGUAAAGCUGGAGAGGUCGCUAUCAAGGUCGUCCGGAAAUUCGAAAUGAAUUCGAGCCAGGGCGAUGCACACCUUCAUCCGAACUUCAAGAAGGGGCCAAAAGUAGUGGAGAGAGCAAAUAUCCUAAAGGAGGUACAGAUUAUGCGGCAACUGGACCAUCCCAACAUAGUGAAGCUUGUCGAUUUUGCAGAAUCUCGACAGUACUAUUAUAUCAUCUUAGAGCUGGCACCCGGGGGAGAACUGUUCCACCAGAUUGUCCGCCUUACUUAUUUCAGUGAAGACUUAUCCAGGCAUGUCAUCACUCAAGUCGCGGAAGCAUUACUGUACUUGCAUGAAGAGAAAGGUGUUGUUCAUAGGGACAUCAAACCAGAGAACUUACUAUUCACACCUAUUCCAUUCAUCCCUACCAAGAAUCCGAAGCCAAGAUCGGCUGAAGAUGAGGACAAGGUAGAUGAGGGAGAGUUCAUCAAGGGAGUUGGGUCUGGCGGUAUUGGACAGAUCAAGCUUGCCGACUUUGGUUUGAGUAAGGUUGUCUGGGAUACACAAACAAUGACCCCUUGCGGAACGGUCGGAUACACGGCGCCCGAAAUCGUCAAGGACGAACGAUACUCGAAGAGCGUUGAUAUGUGGGCCAUGGGAUGUGUGCUCUAUACACUACUCUGCGGCUUUCCCCCAUUCUACGACGAGAGUAUCCAAGUACUCACCGAGAAAGUUGCAAGAGGACAAUACACCUUCCUGUCACCGUGGUGGGACGAUAUCUCGAAGUCGGCUCAGGACCUCGUAUCCCAUCUCUUGACUGUCGACCCAAACAAGCGUUACACGAUCCAAGAAUUCUUAAAUCAUCCAUGGAUCAAAGGAACCGAAGAGCCCACGUACGCCGCUCUGGACGCACCUCCACUCGCUACGCCAGCUGCAGAACGACAAAAGCAACUUGGCGCUGGCGCUGGCUUGCAUGCGUUCAACCCAGACCUGCUCGAAUCACCCACAACGGGCAAACGCAUGGACUUCCGCAGUCCGGGCGCUGUCAACCUGCGUGAGGUUUUCGAUGUAGGAUAUGCGGUCCAUAGACAAGAGGAGGAAGGAAAGCGCCGCAAGAAUUUCAAGCAGGGCUAUCGUGGUGCAGCCGCCAUCAAUAGUCUCAAUCCUAUCGACGACGAAGAAUUUGCCGAGGAGGAAGAGGACUACGAAAAUGAUCAUGGUAUCCCGACGAAGGUACCAAAGGCCAGAGAAGCGGAUGUACACCAGGUAGAGCAGGGUCUCAGAAAUACAAAUCUCAACUCUGCGGCAAAUGGGAAGCCGCCUCAGAAUGCAACAGCACAGAAAGGCUACGGUCAGCAUAGCCCAGCGGUUACGGCGGCGGCCAAGCAGCAGGUCAGGAAUAAGAAAGGGACAUUUGAGCUUAACCUUGAGGGUGCGACAUUGCUGGGACGGAGAGGCCAGAAGGCCCCGAGUGCUUUAAGGGAAUCUACUACGGUCCAGUAGCCAUCGGGCGCUGCGGGUGCACGUAGGCCAGAUUGGUAGAUACGGAGGAAGGGCUGGGCCUGAAUUCUGUGCUUUGCAACGUUUGGCGUUUGGCAUUCUGGGUAAAUCCUGGUCAGACUUUCUUUUUUGCCCUGUUUUUCUUCCCACGCGAUGGUACAUGUGUAUCUGGUUGCGUGCGGCAAGUGGAUCAUUUGCAUAUUAAGAUAUAGGUGGCGUUUUAUGCAUUGCGGGGGGUUCUUUUCUUUUUUUACUUUUUUCAUACCUAGUGUGAGUCAGGCAACUAACACAUGAGAUUUCUCUCUUGCGAUGACAUACCGUGGGGACUAAGAUAUGUAGAGUAGACAGUAUCAGUCUUUCACCAGCUUUGACGUUUGUAAGACGUCUGUGAGGAUAUAUGCCUUGGUGACUAGGGUAGUCCCUAGCAAUGCAGAAUGAACGCUGAGCUAGUCUCCAGCC